AUGAACGAUUCCAACUUCAUGAAGAUAAUCCAGAUGAGAAAAUCAUUGACCCAAAAAUAUAAAGAGGCUAGAGCAGGUGUGGAUGAAAGCAGGAAAGUGUUUGGCACACUCACAUUGAACACUCUGGCAGAUUCAGUAGCAUCAUGGCUUGAGGCCGAGGCAGACGCACAGACCAGGAGACUUCAAGACCCCUCGGCCAUGGACAUUUAUAAGAUUAAGAUGGACAAA